CCCGCACAUGGAAUCAACACGUCAAUUUGAAUCCAUUCAAAUGCGGUGAGCAAGCGUCGUGACUUGGCCGUUCAGAUUUCCGAGGGUCCUUGAAAGCAACCCGGCUCGCUGGAGGCAGUUGGUGCGCGAGUCUCAGCUGGGCUUCUUCAGUCCGUGCGGGGCUUCGCACCUGAGGCCUGCUUGCGGAGGGACGAGCUAGGCAGAGACACAACUAGUUGGCGUCAGUUUCAGGUUUGUCCUGAAGGGUUUCCCUGGAAGGUGAACGUGGCUGAGGCCACGUGAGACUUGGUGGAUUUCAGCGGCCACUCUCGCUGUGACCUCUUCUCGGUGGAGUUGCAAGUGAACUUUUUCCUCUCAGACUUGCACAGGAACUGAACCAGGACCGGAAGAACACCAGCCUUUUGGUUUCAAUGGAGUCCAAGGUGUCUCACCUUCUGUUGGUCCUCCUGGUGCAGAGCGGGACCUGCGUCCGCGCGGCGUCCAAGGAUCUGUCGUGCGAGCCCAUCACGGUGCCCAUGUGCCGGGGCAUCGGGUACAACCUGACCCACAUGCCCAACCAGUUCAACCAAGACACCCAGGAGGAGGUGGGCCUGGAGGUGCACCAGUUCUGGCCGCUGGUCCGCAUCCGUUGCUCCCCGGACUUGCUCUUCUUCCUGUGCAGCAUGUACACGCCCAUCUGCCUGCCUGACUACCGCAAGCCUCUGCCGCCCUGCCGCUCGGUUUGCGAGCGCGCCAAACGCGGGUGCUCGCCCCUCAUGAGCCAGUACGGCUUCGACUGGCCCGAGCGGAUGAGCUGCGAGCGUUUGCCCCGACUGGGGGGCGACACCCUCUGCAUGGACCAGAACGGCAGCGACGAUUCCACCAGCCCGCCGCCACCAUUGCCUCACCUUGCCAAAGCUACGCCCAAGAGCCGCCCAAGAGCAGGCGCCCCGGCCCAAGGCGAGUGCCACUGCCGGGACCCUCUGGUGCCCAUCAAGAGGGAGUCCCACCCGUUGUACGGACGGCUCCGCACGGGGCCUGUCCCCAACUGCGCUCAGCCGUGCCAUCAAGCCUACUUCUCGGAAGACGAACGGACCUUCAGCACCUUGUGGGUGGGGCUGUGGGCGGUGCUCUGCUUGAUGUCCACCCUUGCCACAGUGGCCACCUUCCUCCUGGACGUCCAGCGUUUCAAGUACCCGGAGCGACCCAUCAUCUUCCUGGCCGCUUGUUACCUGCUGGUGUCAUUGGGGUACAUCAUCCGGCUGGUGGCGGGGCACGAGCGGGUGGCAUGCGCUCCACCGGGCGGGGCAGAGCCGUCGCACAUCCUUUACGACACAGGCGGUCCCGCUUUGUGCACGGUGGUCUUCCUGCUGGUCUACUUCUUUGGCAUGGCCAGCUCCAUCUGGUGGGUGGUUCUGUCUUUCACGUGGUUCCUGGCCGCAGGCUUGAAGUGGGGCAGUGAGGCCAUCACAGGGUAUUGCCACUAUUUCCACUUGGCCGCUUGGCUGCUCCCCAGUGUCAAGACCAUCCUGGUUCUGGCACUCACCGCCGUGGAUGGGGACCCGGUGGCCGGCAUCUGCUACGUGGGCAACCAAAGCUUAGAGAACCUUCGAGGCUUCGUCCUGGCCCCAUUGGUGGUCUACUUGUUCGCUGGUUCAUUGUUCCUGCUCGCCGGUUUCGUCUCGCUCUUCAGGAUCCGCAGCAUCAUUAAGCAAGGGGGCACCAAGACCGACAAACUGGAACAUCUCAUGAUCCGCAUUGGACUUUUUGGGGUGCUUUACACUGUGCCUGCCAUGGUGGUCCUGGCCUGCCUGGUCUACGAGCAGCACCGCCGUACCGACUGGGACCGGGCGCUGGCCUGUUCCGGCGCCGCUGAACGCCAGCGGGUGGGUGGCGGUCCAGACUUUGCCAUCUUCAUGCUCAAGUACUUCAUGUGCUUGGUGGGGGGAAUCACCUCGGGGGUCUGGAUCUGGUCUGGGAAGACCUUGGAGACCUGGCGCAGGUUCCUGGCACGGUGCUGCCCCUGGUGGCCCCAUAAAGUGACCGCGCCGCCAACUGUGUACACAGAGCCCACCAAUGCUUUCACGGGACCAGUUUCUGGAAUGUACCAAAAAGCUCCAUCACAUAUAUGACACUUGAAGUCCUUAAAACUGGGACUAGAAGAGCCAGAACCUCCGGUCCAUGGAACCAAUGGUCCAUCUGACGCACUCACAGACUGGACUUUAUUUAUUGAUGUAAAUAUUAGAAGAAGUGACUUUAAAUAUCAAUGUUCCGCCACUUUCCAGGUUUCAAAUUCCCAGAUCCAGGUCCUGGUUCUGGGCUAUGAAUGUGUACAUAGAUGAAAACGGUAUUGAACUUGAUCUUGUUGAUGCAUUGAUGGUUUUAAAGCAGAUUCGGGAACUGCUGUUAGCAGACAGCGCCAUCUGCUGGUGCUAACCAGGCUUUUUAUGUAUAUAGGAUAAGCGGUACCGAAAAUGGAUGCAUGGAUAAUACCGAGCUCCACUCGACGUUCUGAAACUUCCAUCCAGAAUCAUUUAUUCCUUCCUUUUCCAUCGGAUUUAUCCUCACUAAGGUCGCACGUGUGCUGGAGUCCAUCCCAGCCAUCUUUGGGCGAGAGGCGGCGUACACCCGGAACUGGUCGCCAGCCAAUCGCAGGGAGCAUAGAAGCAAAUCAUUUUUCACACAGACAGACAAUUUUGAGUCUUCACUUAACCUGCCGUGGACGUUUUUGGGACGUGGGAGGAAACCGGACUACCUGCAGAAAUCCCACGCAUAGCUCCAGAUCGUGGACGGAGGCCCACGCAGGCACGUGUGCAAACUUCACACAGGUGGGGCCUGAAUUUAAAUCCCGGACCUCAGAAUUGUGAGGCAGACACACUAACCACUUUUACCACCGUACUACCUACACCCAAGUUAUGAUAAAUUCUAAAUUGGAACUUGUACCCCCCAUUUUACUGAGAAAUCUCAAUCAUAGAUAAGAAGCAAAACAAUUACGUGACAUCUGUUAUAUUCAUACUUGGAUAAUGCCAAUGCCUACCUGAUACCUUGAAAGUUCUGGAACUGGACCUUUAAAUAGGAUUCAUAAUGUGCUGCUUGAAAUUUAUGUGAAAGCAUUUUUUUUCCCGUUUGUUUUCAUAAACCUCUCACGUGACCAUCUUUCUAUUCAUUUGAAGAAUAGCAAUGAGUAGACAUUCAGAAGGUUCUGGAAUAUACACACACACAAACUACAGUACUUGAAAUUCUGCUGUUGCCAAGUCUAUAAUCACCAUACAUUUGAAUGGACUGUCAGACCAGAGCAGUUUUUGUGCAGAUGUUUUUCAUGGACACAUCCUACAGAGAUAAUUAUUAAAUAAUAAUAUUAAAUAUGGAAAAACGGUUUCAAUACCAUCUCCUGGCACAAUGAAAAAUGUCUUCAUUUAAUCACCCAAA